AAACUCAACAAGAAUUUAAUGAGAAGAUUGGACCGCACAUUGAUACCAAUUGUAGUUCUGCUAUUUCUGCUGAACAUUCUGGAUCCGAAUAAUAUUGCCAAUGCGAAGAUUGCUGGGUUGCCAGAUACAUUAGGGAUCUCGAAUUCUCAGUACAAUACUUGUCUGAUGAUCUUUUAUGUCGGAUGUAAGUGGACAUGCCAUCUUUACAUCGGAUCCUUGCUGAUGUGUUACCUUAAAUUGCGGCCCUCGAUUUACAUAUGCUGCGUUAUUCCAGCAUGGAGCAUUGUGUCUAUGUCACAAGCUUUCACUCGGAACUUUGCUGGGCUGUCUGCGUCAAGAUUCAUACUUGGACUGGUUGAAGCCCCGUUUCUCCCUGCUGUCUUUUUCCUGAUGAGUGGUUGGUACAAGACUCGCUACACAGAAAAGGGCAGUGCCAGAGGCCCUGACAGAUGGGAAAUAGGUCUUAUACUGGAGUUUCUGGAUUCUCAUUGAGGGGGUAUCAGCUUCGAACGAUUAGUCAUGUCCUUAUGAGGUUAGGAAUCAGAUGGCGGAGGUGAUGCUUGUGGACUCAAUAACCAGCAACGCACGGCAAGACCCGGGGAAAGGCGCUCUGCAGGUAAUGAACCAUGCUUCGGGGUCUGGAGCGAUCCCAUUUCACUGCCGGCUGUCAGAUUCUAAUCUGGGCCUCGCCCGAUGGCGACAUGAUUGAGAGAUUGCGUCUCGAUACAGUACCUUUCCCGC